CCCUUUCUUCCCUCUGCCUUUCACUGUCGUCCUCCUCUCCUCUCCUCUCCUCUCCUCUCCUCUCAUCUCUUUGAUCGAUUCCCCUUUCUGCUUCUCUCUCUCUCUCUCUCUCUCUCUCUCUCUCGCCCUGUUCUUCUGAGAAAGAGAGAGGAAUUGCUCGCCCUGAAAUGGCAGUGGCUGACACUUCCAGGGAACCCACAGCCACCACGAUGACAGGAAGACCCCUAUCAGAGCUCCAAAUCCCGAAGAAGCUAUGGCGGGACAGGGGAAAGUCCACCACCACUUCGACCAGCCCCGAGAGGACCAGAGUCUGGACCGAACCCACCCCCAAGCCCAAGCGCGUCCCCGUCGUUUACUACCUCUCCCGGAAUGGCCACCUCGAGCAUCCCCAUUUCAUGGAGGUUCCACUCUCCUCCCCCGACGGCCUCUACCUCCGAGACGUGAUCCGUCGCUUGAACCUCCUCCGCGGCACUUCCAUGGCGGCGCUGUACUCCUGGUCGUCGAAACGGAGCUACAAGAACGGCUUCGUCUGGCAGGACCUGACUGAGAGAGACUUCAUCUACCCGUCGCACGGCAAUGAGUACGUCCUUAAAGGAUCGGAGAUACUUCACGACGCUCCGCCGCCGCUGUCUUCUUCCUCCUCCACCUCGCGGCCGCUAGAGUCAGUUUCGUUCCGAUCGCCGAAGCUGACGGAAUCGCGGUGCGACGAGGAGGCUAAUUUCCCCGUCGUGGUCCCUAGGCGCAGGAAUCAGUCGUGGAGCUCGAUCGACCUCCACGAGUACAAGGUCUACAAGACGGAGUCGGCUGGCGAAUCUGCCCGGAGACCUGCCAUGGACGCGUCAACUCAGACGCAUGAUCGGCGGAGGCGUGCCAGAAGGCAAGUCAAGGAGGAGCAGAAGGUCACGUGCGAGGAGCCGGGGAAGAGAGAGGGCCAGACCACUGAGCUAACGAGGGACGAGAUCUCUCCUCCGCCGUCGGAUUCGAGUCCAGAGACCCUCGAGACACUGAUGAAUGCUGACGGGCGACUGGUGUUGUCUUCCUCCACCAACAACAAUGCCACCGGGGACCGGUCAGAUCAAACAGCGGAGAGCCUCCCGAGAGGCAAAAUGAGGGCGUCUGCGGUCCUGAUGCAGUUGAUAACAUGCGGUUCGUUCUCAUUCCGGAACUGUGGGGCCUCCUACGUGAAGGAUCAAGGGCUGGCGUUGAUCGGCCCCCACAACCCGACACUACUGCGAGGAGCUGGAAACAAUAACAAUGCCAGUAACAGUAGCAGUUGCAAUCCGUCGGUGGUAGGAACUUCCGGGGAAAUAGCAAGCUUGUCGAUUGUGAAACCGGAAGACAAGGAAUUUUUCAGCGGGAGCUUGAUCGAGACGGCGAACAAGAAAGCCGAACUAGUCCCUGCCCUCAAGAGAUCAUCUUCCUACAACGCGGAUGGGAGCAGCUCACAGAUGCAGCUGGGUGAAAAGGACCUGGAAGCUGCUGAUGAUGGGGUGCGUGCUAGAUGCAUCCCUAGAAAGCUCAGAAUGCAACCCACCACCAGGAAAGUAGAACAUGAACAGGAGGAACGACAGGCCAUUGUCGUCUCCACCACCCAACAUCAACAAGAAGGUACUACUACUACCUCUGACCAGAAGGUCCAAACCCGAUCCAGCUGAGAACAUCUGCCAGCUCUUGUUUGUAGGCUGCCUAGUUCCUUUCUUUCCCGUGAAUUUCCGUAGGUCUAGAACCACACCAGACUUUGGGAGAAGAGAAGACAACACGUCUGUAAUAUCCAUCUUAUUGAGGAAUAUAUAACAGUAGGCGAUUUUCAGA